UAGUGGGCGGAGCCCGCCUCGGUCGGCCUGCGAGAGUCGCCACGUGAGUGUCGGCGGUGCGGCAGGAGCGGCGACAGCGAUGGGCGGCGUGGAGAAAAAGAAGUAUGAGAGGGGUUCUGCCACCAACUAUAUUACCAGGAACAAAGCCCGGAAGAAGUUGCAACUGAGCCUUGCAGACUUCAGGCGACUCUGCAUCCUAAAAGGGAUUUACCCUCAUGAGCCCAAACAUAAGAAGAAGGUGAACAAAGGAUCUACUGCUGCCAGGACUUUCUACCUCCUGAAAGACAUAAAAUUUCUCCUCCAUGAGCCCAUCGUCAACAAGUUCCGGGAAUAUAAGGUGUUUGUCCGCAAAUUGCGCAAAGCGUACGGGAAGAGCCAAUGGAACACUGUGGAGCGGCUGAAGGACAACAAACCCGGAUAUAGGUUGGACCACAUUGUCAAGGAGAGGUACCCGACCUUUAUUGAUGCCCUGCGGGACCUUGACGAUGCUCUUUCCAUGUGCUUCCUCUUCGCCACCUUCCCGCGUACCGGCAAGUGCCACGUUCAGACGAUCCAGCUGUGCCGUCGCCUCACCGUGGAGUUUCUCAACUACGUCAUCUGCUCGCGCUCUCUGCGCAAGGUGUUCCUGUCCAUCAAAGGCAUCUACUACCAGGCAGAGGUGAUGGGGCAGCUUGUCACCUGGAUAACACCCUACGCUUUUUCCCACAAUCACCCAACAGACGUGGACUACAGAGUCAUGGCCACCUUCACGGAGUUCUACACCACUCUUGUGGGCUUCGUUAAUUUCCGCCUCUACCAGUCCAUCAACUUGCACUACCCUCCAAAGAUCGAAGGCCAGUCCCUGUCGGAGCUGACGCCAGAGGAUGGGGAGGUGUACGCCUUGGACUCGGAGAGCUACCUAGAGAAACUGUCGGCUCUCAGUGCCAGCUUGGCCCGAGUGGUGGCACCCAACCCGGAGGACGAGGCAGUCAUGGAUGAGUUCCCCGUGGAGGAAGAGAGUGCAGAGCAAGAGGAGGCCCGUAAAAAGGAGCAGGAGGCCCUGGAGAAGCAGAAGAGGCUCUUUGAAGGCCUUCGCUUCUUCCUCAACAGGGAGGUGCCCAGGGAGCCUCUGGCUUUCGUCAUCCGGUGCUUUGGGGGCCAAGUGUCCUGGGACAAGUCUGUUUGCAUUGGCGCUACCUAUGACGUGACGGACCCAGCCAUCACCCAUCAAAUCGUUGACCGGCCUGGUCUGGAAAAGCAAGUGAUAGGCAGGUAUUACAUCCAGCCGCAGUGGGUCUUUGAUUCAGUCAACGCUAAGCUGUGCCUUCCGGUGGCAGAUUACUUCCUUGGCGUCCUGCUGCCUCCUCACCUCUCACCGUUCGUGACUGAGAAGGAAGGGGACUACAUCCCACCAGAGAAGCUGAAGCUGUUAGCCUUGCAGAGAGGUGAUGAGCCAGGAGAAGAGAGCGGAUCGGAAGAACAGGAAGAGAGUGACGAUGCCACAGAAGGCUCGGAGGAAGAGGACGAGGAUUCUGAUAAAGAAGAUGAGGGGAAGCUGAAGAAGAUGGAAGCACAGAGGACCCAGAGCAAGGUCCUCCCGGUGAAGGUGACGGCAGGUAAAGUCCUGAGAGAGGACAAGCAGCGGCUGGCGCAAGAGGAGCAGAGCGAGGAGAAGCGCUUGGCCAUCAUGAUGAUGAAGAAGCGGGAGAAGUACCUGUACCAGAAGAUCAUGUUUGGGAAGAGGCGCAAGAUCCGAGAGGCUAACAAACUAGCAGAGAAACGAAAAGCUCACGACGCAGUAGCGAAAUCGGAGAAGAAGAAAAUGAAGAAAGCACAACGAGAGUAACGGGGGCCUCUCACCCCAGCCUGUCCCUUCUCAUACAGGCCUAGAAGAUGGGCACUUUGGGCCUUUCAGCUGCUGGCGGGAUGCCUCAAAAUUCUGGCUUCUUCCCCUGAAUCCAUUUUCACCAAGGUGGACAGCUGUGGGAUGAUUGGGCCUAGUAGUACCUUGGGCUUCAAGGGGGAGAAGGUCCGCUUUAUUUAAAAACACAACUGAAUUCUCCUCAGUUCCCAUCAUGGUUUCCUCGUUGUAUGAUGGUUGCUGUCAUGCAUCAGAUUUGCCAGUCAGGACAGGCUUUCUAGACUUUUAUAGAAA